AUGGCGAGGCUGGGCAAGGCACAGCAGUUCCAGCGCAACUUCUCGUACUGGUCGACCUUUGGGUUCGUGUCGAUCUACAUGGCGACGUGGGAGUACGCCAUCGUGUCCAUGUCGCCGUCGAUCCCGGCCGUAGGCUACGGCGGCUUCUUCUGGACGUUCAUCGGGUGCAUGGUGCUGUACGGGUCGGUGGUGCUGUCGCUGGCCGAGAUGACGUCCAUGAGCCCGACGGCGGGCGGGCAGUACCACUGGGUGAGCGAGUUCGCCCCGCCGCGAUGGCAAAAGGAGGCCAGCUACGCGGCGGGCUGGAUGAGCAGCCUGGGCUGGGUCGCCAGCUAUGCGGGCGGCGUCUACGUGGCCGCCCAGCUGGUCCAGGUCACGGUCAACCUGACCUGGCCCGACCUCGUCAUGACGGACUGGCAGCUGUUCCUGGUCCUGCUGGCGCUCAUGCUCGUCACCAUCGUCUUCAACACGCUCGGCGCCAGCGUGCUGCCUGCCGUCGAGGUCGGGAGCCUGCUGGGGCACACCAUUGGCCUGGUGGCCUAUGUCGGGGUGCUCUGGGGCUUGUGUCGGCCUCUGAACAGCGCGCGGGACGUCUUUGCUGGGUUUGAGAAUAAUAGUGGGUGGGGGAAUUAUGGGGCUGCGUGUUUGGUUACGCAGGUUUCGAUUAUUUGGUCGAUGUUGGGAAGUGAUACUAUCGUGCACAUCUCCGAGGAGGUGAGGGAUGCGUCUCUGACUGUCCCCCUCGCCAUGUGGUGGUCCUACGUCUUGAACUCCGUCAUGGCCAUUUUGCUCGUCAUCACCAUGUUGUUUUGCAUUGGCCCAUUGGAUUCCAUUCUUGACUCCGACCUGCCGUACCUGAACCUGUUUGCCAAUACAGGAAGCAGCAGCGCCGCGCUGUUUCUGGCUGUCGUAUUGAUCCUCCUCAUCGCUGCCGGCAACAUUACUGCUCUGGCGACCACGUCACGUGAGAUAUGGGCUUUUUCUAGGGACAAGGGGUUCCCUUUUUCCUCCUGGAUCUCUCAUAUGAAUCACAAAUACGAUCAACCCUUCAACGCAGUCUACGCCGCCACAAUCAUCUCCGUCAUCAUCUCCCUCGUCUCCCUCGGCUCCAGCCUGGCCUUCAGCAUCAUCGCCUCCCUCUCCCUCCUGGCCCUCAUGUCGACCUACAUGCUCUCCAUAGGCUGCGUCCUCCUCCGCCGUCUAGGCAUCGGCAACGCGCCCCCGCUACCCCCAGCCCGCUGGAGCUUGGGGCGGUGGGGGUUACCCAUCAACAUCGUCGCCGUCGCCUACUCGGGGUUCAUCGUCGUCAUGAGCUGUUUCCCGAGCGAGACCUCGCCCGAUCCGGCGGAUGCGAACUGGGCGCCGCUGAUCUGGGGGGCGGUGAUUGUCUUGAGCGUGGUGGCUUAUUUGUUUCAUGGGCGGAAGCAUUUUACUCCGCCCGUGAUGUUUAUCGAGGGGCAGAGGGCGGAGGGCGUGGAUUUCCAGAGAGUUGAAUGA